UUUCAUAAAUCAAAAUCACUCUCUUUAGUCAUUUACUUUUCAAGAAUUCCUUCAAACCUCAACAAUGGCUAAAGGCGGCAAUAAGCUGACGAAGCUGAAGUCCGUUUUGAAGAAGCUAAACUCAUUCAACAACAACAAGCAUCAAAGCCGGCCGACAACGUCGAGCUCCGCCGUGGCGGCUUCCGACAUGGACGAAUUCUCAUCGGCCAAUCUCCAUACCGUCUACGUCGGAAAAUCACGUCGGAGGUACCUUAUCAGCUCAGACAUUGUCGAGAACCCGUUGUUUCGUGAACUGGCGGAACGAUCCGGAGAUCAAAACGACGCCGUCAUCAACGUGCCGUGCGAGGUUGUGUUGUUCGAACACUUGCUUUGGAUGCUCGAAAACGCCGAUCCUCAACCUGAGUCAUUGGAGGAGCUCGUCGAGUUUUACGCUUGUUGAUUUUUUUUUCUUUUUUUAUUUUUGAAAAUCAGAAGAAAUGCUCCCGUGUGGUCGUUCGCAUGGUACCAAAGUUGUACAUUAUGUGAUAAUGUUGAGAACGGCGAUGAAAAUUUGGAGGAUGAUCAGAUAGUUAACGAGAGAAAGUCGAUUUCAAUGGCGAGGAUUUAACCGAGUUCAUGCCCCGGUGAAGAGAUUUAUAUUUGUGUAUGUCGUUGUUCUUUGUCAUUUUUCUUAAAAAAAUUUAAGAGAUUAAUGAAUGUUCAUUAAUUUUUCAAA